GUACUCACAUUCUCUUCCUUCUGUUCAUCACAAGCAGUAACGACAAAAACAACUGUUUUCUAUUAUCGUUUCUUUCUCUGUUUCACUUUCACUUAUGUCUUAAUCUUCCUCCUUUGGCUAUUACAAUCUGAAUCAUCUACUUUUGCUAGCUGCAUUGCCGUUACCGCCACCGUCUUCGUCUUGGAGAACAGCUGCCCAGGAACUCUCUCCAUCAACAGCACCACCCUCGGCGACAGCUGGGUUCCCCUGACUCCUGGCGCUUCCGUACAGCUCAUUGCUCCUCCGGGAUGGUCAGGACGCUUCUGGGCUCGCACCGGCUGCAGCUUCGACGCCUCCGGUCGCAGUAGCUGCGGCGGCGUUUUAAACUGUAACCGCGGGGGAUUUCCUCCGGCCACUCUAGCCGAGUUCACCGUCGGAUCAGGCGUUUCAGACAUGGAUUUUUACGGCGUUAGCCUCGUCGACGGUUUCAACGUCAAGAUGGGGAUCGAUCCCCUGGGAGGAACCGGAGAUUGCCACUACGCAGGCUGCCUCGCCGACGUCAACGAGAUUUGCCCUGGAGAUCUUCGGAUCAUGGAUCCGAACAUCGAUGGAGUUGUUGUGGCGUGCAUGAGCGCGUGCGCUGCGUUUGAUUCGCCGGAGUUUUGCUGCACCGGUGCUCACGCGACGCCGCAGACUUGUGAUCCGAGUCGGUACUCGACGGUGUUCAAGAACGCUUGCCCUAGCGCUUACAGCUACGCUUAUGAUGAUACGACAAGCAUCUUCACUUGUUCCCGAUCUAACUACUUGAUUACUUUCUGCCCCACCCGCUCUUAAAAACCUGAGCUCCGGUUUAAAUUCGGGUCGGGUUUCUCCCUCAUGUGUUCUUUUGCUUGUGAUAUAAGGAAGGACUAGUGUUGGCCCCAUGCUACGCAUGGGAAUAUUGUUUUAUUUCAAAGAAAACCAAACUUCAAUUAUAUAUAACUAAAAUUACAUAUAAUAGGUGAGAUACUGAAGGACACUGUUGAGGCAGCAGCCUAGCAGGUGCUGCAGAGAUUCCGUAACCCCUAAGGACGGAUCGUUACUAUGCUUCUGAUUGAGUAGCAUCGGGAAGGAUAAACGUGUUUGACUGUGCAUAACUUUUAUUUAUCCAGAAAAACAAAUUCUAUGUUACUGUGAUUGUCUAAGGCAGUAUAAACUAAAAAGCGAGAUAAAGUAGACAUCCAAACUUUUUUUUGGGUUUAAAUGUUAAAUCAGACAUCCAAGCUUUUAAA